AUGCACGUACUAUCCUGGACGAGCCGGUGGUCCCUCCUGGCCUGUGUCUGGACCAUCCUCGGAGCUGCCGCUGCGAGCGACAACUCGGGCAUCGUGGAAGUUGACCUGGUUUUCCCACGCAACGACACGUAUGCGCCCACGCCGCUUUUGCCCAUCAUUUUUGGUUUCCAAAACUCCCCGCUGGCGCCGGCUCUCGCGCCCCAGAUCACAUUUUCGAUUUGGAACUACGACAACAAGAGCGACGCGGUUGACACCACAGCAUACGAUGUGCGAUGGGCCAACUUCUCCAGCAGCGACCCGUACUUUGAGUACCGCGGCUUCGUCGACUUCAAUGUCGAGAAGACGUGGGAGAUCAGGUACACUGUGAGAUGGUUCAGCUGCACGAAGGAUUCCCUGGAGUACCCAUACGACAUCACCAGCAACAACACCUACAAGUCCGUCGUCUUCACUACCAAGAACGCCGGGCAGAGUGUGGAUCUCGUGGCCGCCACAAACGAGAAGGGAUGUUCGUCUGACGCCGGUGUCGCCAUAAGCGUGACUGACACCCUCAACGCCACUGGAAUCUCAAGCUGGACAGGUGGCGAUACGUGUGCUGUGGUGGCAUCAUCGACGGUCACGCCGAACCCUUGCCAGAUCAAGAUCAGCGAGGCUGAGGCGUCGAGCAUCUCCGCCUCUGUCACUGCUCGAGCGUGUGAGGCUCAAAAUCCACCAAUUGAGUGUCCGGCGGGCAACGAGGGUCAUGGGCUGGUGGUCGGAGGGGUGGGUUCUAAGCUCCACUUGUUCGAUCCUUCGGACGUCUUCCGUCUGGGAAACUCAGAUGCUGCUCGCGCCGGUUAA